UCAUAUUGAAUAUCUAGAGCACUACAUAGAGGGCAGACUCAGGCACGUUAUUACCUAUGUAGUGCACUAGUAUAAGAAUUAUUGAGGCAUUUGGCAUUCUUACAAAUUUUCCCAAAUAUUUUCGGAAAAGUAGGAUUUCUUUAACUUUAUAUUCAGGACUUUUCUUCUUGGAUGAGAAGGUUAUUUCCUACAACUCUGGGGAUUUUUAGCUUUCUUCUACCAGCUACUCAGAUGACACAUAUAUUUGUAUAUGGCACUCUUAAAAAGGGCCAACCCAACCACUAUAGGAUGCUGGACUCUACCAAAGGCAAUGCCAAGUUCCUUGGCUGUGCUCGCACUGUUGAAAAAUACCCCCUGGUGAUAGCAGACAAGCACAAUAUCCCCUUCCUCCUCAACGUUCCUGGAGAGGGACAACGUGUCCAGGGGGAAAUCUACAGUGUGGAUGAUCCAAUGCUGAAGUUCCUUGAUUGGUUUGAAAGCUGUCCACAAAUGUAUCAGCGAACACAGGUCCUGCUUGAAGUUGAGGAGUGGGUUGGAGAAGGAGAGGGAACACCUCAAGUGGGCGGUACCACUGAUGCCUUUGUGUACAGUACAACCACUUACAAACCAGAGUGGCUCCAGUAUCCUACUUUCGAGAGCUAUGAUGCCUAUGGGGAUCACGGUCUGCAGUAUGUGACUCGAGAAGACAGAGGCUCUGACUGAUAUGUAAUUUGCUGGCUAUCUUUGACAGGUUCCUCUGCAGAGAUACACACAGCCAUACAUCAUUCCUUUUUGCACUGGAAAAUAAGCAUUUACAGAAAUAAAGAUUUUGAAUGGCAGUUUAUUAUCUCAGUGAAAGUCAGUCAGUUUAUUCUGUUACCUGCGUUCUAAUUUCUAGAGACCCUUGUGUCAAGUUUUCUCUGGGCCCAAACCAUCCUCCUACACAUUUUAUAGGCAAAGUUAUAAUUGUGGAGAAUCACUUUAAAAAGUAUUGUAUACUGUCUUACCAUUAAGACCAACUUAAAUUUAAUAAUAUACACAGGUGACACACUUGCAUUGUUUGAUUGUAUUGUUGAGCCUGUGCUGGUGACAUCAGGACUUUGGAGCAAAAACAUUCAAAUUUGGAUGGCUAAAACACUUUCAACAUUAGAUAUUGUAUUGGAAAAAAAUGAGUGCUAUUAUGCCAAAGGUUGUGCGAAUGAGCAGGGAUUGAGAAUGUAUGUGAAAAAUAAUUAAUACUUCAAAGUAGAGUCAAAUCUCUAUCCGCACUUCAUUUUUAAAAAAGAUCCAUCACAUUCUAAUUUUAGUGCAAAACAUGUUGAACAGCAAUGGCUUUUUUCUUUAAUAAAUUGUAUUUAUAAGAGUAGUUUUAAUGAUGAUUGAUGUUCAUUCUUACUCAAGUAAUUAAGUAAAUACAGGAAUUUACAUUUUACCUUCAGGUCUAUGAGAAAGGUUUUCAAGAGCAAUACUUUUAGGAAACUAAGAUCCCUUCUUGAAACAUGUUUUUCUAGGAGAGUAAUCGACUACAUAGUGUAUGAAUGCAGGUACAGUGGGUGAAAUAAUUAUUGAAUGAGUCAACAUUUUUUUUUCAGAUAUAUUUCCAAUGAGGUUAUUCACAUGAAAUUUUUACUAGACUUUGGUAUUAACUCAAGAAAUCCACACAUAUAAAGAAUUUACAACAAUAAAGUCCAAAAAAAUGUUGUAUAAUAAAGUGGAAUGACACAGGAAAAAAGUAUUGAAUACACUAACUGAAAUUUGUUUAAAUACUUAGUGGAGAAGUCUUUGUUUGUAAUGACAGCUUCAAGACGCUUCCUGUAUGAAGAAAUUAAAUGGGCCGCAGUAUUCAGGUGUGAUUUUGGCCCAUUCCUCUAAACAUACUGUCUUUAAAUCUUGUUCAAUUAGUUUCAAGUCAGGUGAUUGACUGGGCCAUUCUAACACCUUUAUUCUUUUUCUCUGAAACUAAUUAAGAGUUUCCUUUGCUGUAUGCUUUGGAUCGUUGUCCUGCUGGAAGGUCCACCCACGUCUCAUCUUCAUCAUCCUGGUGGAUGGCAGUAGAAUCUUCUGAAGAUCCCGGUAAAGGGCUCCAUUCAUCGUUCCUGCAAUUAUAUGAAGUCUGCCAGUUCCAUGCGAUGAAAAACAGCCCCACACCAUGAUGCUUCCACCUCCAAACUUCACUGUUGGUAUAGUGUUUUAAGGGCGAUGUGCAGUGCCAUUUCUUCUACAAACAUGGUGUGUAGUAUGACAGCCAAAAAAGUUAAAUUUUGAUCUCGUCUGACUAGACUACACUCUCCCAGUAUUUCAUAGGCUUGUCCACAUGAGUUGUAGCAAACUUUCAAUGAGCCUUGAAAGUGGAGUCUUGCGGGUUGAGCAUGCAUAGCAAUGCACUGCAUAGCACUGCGUAUUUCUUUCUCUGUGCCAAUGGUACCUGCUACCGUCAAGUGUGUCUGGAGCUCUUUCUGAGUGGUCUUUGGCUCUUGGGCUACACUUCUGACUAUUCUUCUGACUCCCUGGUCAGAAACCUUGCAAAGAGCUCCUGUUCAUGGUUGGUUGAUGAUGGAGUGAUGUUGCUUCCACUGGCAGAUAAUUGCCCCAGUGGUGCUUACUGGAAGAUCCAGAAGUUUUGAAAUACUUCUGUGUCCGAUUCCAUCAAUAUGUUUUGCAACAAUAAGGUUACAAAGGUCUUGGGAGAGCUCUUGGUUUUUACCCAUCAUGAGAUGUUCCUUGUGCGACACCUUGGUAACGAAAAGCCUUUUUAUAGACCAUCAAUUUACUAACCCAGCUGAUAUAAAUUUUCCACAGAUAGUAGGUAUAAUUGCUUUCUAACUACUUACAGAUUUCACUUGGUUCCUUGCCUUACCUUGCCUUGGAGAACUGCUUUUUCUCAGCAUGUUCAAUACUUUUUUCCUGUUUCAUUCCACUUUAUUACACAUAACUUUAUUUAUGGACUUUAAUGUUGUGAAUUAUUUUAUAUUUGCAGAAUUCUUGAGUUAAUACUGAUGUCUAGUGAAAUUUGAAUGUGAAUAACCUCAUUGGAAAUAUAUUUACUGAAAAAAAUGUUGAUGCGUUCAAUACUUAUUUCCCCCACUGUAUAAUGUUGUUUCAUUAAAAAAAAAGACAAUGUAAUAAUUUCACACUGAAUUUUGGUGCCUUUUUUCAAUAAAUUAUUAUUUUCACCUA